UUGUAUACAUAUAUAUGAAAAAAAUCAUACAUUUGUAUGCAAUAGAGGAAAUGAUGGCGCUCCGGACGCUUUAACUUCAAUGCGGCUUGUAACUAAGAUGAGCUCGACAACCUUGGAUUAUUGAACUGUGAGUGUAAAUAAAUUGACUUGUUUUACUGUUACGGCCGCACAGAAAGCUUUCCCAUAGUUCAUCGACUAGCAUAAUAAGGGCAGUGUUUAUAUACCAAAGUAUCAUUUCCUUGACGUACAUCCUUCAAUCGAUCAAAACCGCUGUCAUGGACACAUUGAUAUUUGUCCAUUUUGCGACUCUGACUCCAGUGUUAUAAAUGGCGAGCCGUGACUCGGCAAUGAGUAGAGGUCUGGUAAGCGAUCAUGUCAGGGAACAAGAUGGCGACGUUUACACUGGGGUUGGUUCUAUUGUCGUGUGCUACUAUUACCGCAUCCGGCAAAAUAGUAGAGCAGCUUCCAGUGGCAAGAAACUCUGAAGGCAGACAGGAGCCUCUGCCACCACGCACCGAGAGAUGGGCACACCUUUCAGAGGACCAGCGUGUGAUCAUAACCAAACAAAUCAUGCAAGCCAUUUCAGAGAUGGUGAAUUCUGACUGUUUGCUGGAGCGCGAUUAUCAGGGCUGGUUGGAUUUCGGACGCCGAGACGCAGAAUGA